GGGUUCUAGUGCUCCCAUCUGGUGCUGCCAAUAAUACCCCUCUGAAGCAGCUGCACAGAAAUGUCAGGAAGGCCAACACAGCUGACACAAGUUUCUGAAAAAAGAGCACGUCAGUAUCCCUUUUCUUUGCAACAUAAAUACCUUCCACAUCAUCACGCAAGGCUUAAUUUAGAACAGACGUGGAGCAUGGACACACAAGCCACUAGACUAUAAGCUCUGGGACAACAAAAUCCACAACUUAAACCUGUUGCAAAGAAUCGAUUGAAGGAUCCAGUGUAGCUGUCUCUGCUCGCUUUGAAAGGGUACCUUAUAACACGGCAUCUGAAGGCAAAAUGUCUGACCACAGUCAAAACUCUGACCAAGAGUCCUACAGCGAGGACAUUGACGAAGAUGAGAUCCUCGCAAACCUGUCACCUGAAGAACUGAAGCAGCUUCAGAGUGAAAUGGACGAUCUUGCCCCGGAUGAGGAGGUGCCAGUUGGAAUGAGACAGAAAGACCAGACAGAGAAGCCUCCAACAGGGUCAUUCGAUCACAGGUCUCUGGUCAAUUAUAUCUACUGGGAGAAGGAAUCCAAGCGAAUGCUGGAGGAAGAAAGACUUCCCACAGUUCUUUUACCAAGUGAGCGAGAUACAAAAAAAGACAAAGAUGAAGAUCUGAAAGAAAUAGAAGAAGUUGAAGAAGUAGAAGGAGAGGAAGAAGUAGAAGAAAAGGAAGACGAGAAAGAAAGGGAAAUUCAAGAUGUCCAAGACUUGCCAAAAUGUCCUGAAGAAACAGGAGAAAUUUCUCUCAGCAUUUCUGAUAGAAACCAAGAGGAAGAUACAAAGACAGAGGAUGAAGCUACCAAAGAAUCACAACCAGAGAAUGAAAAGCAAAGGCAAAAAUCAGAGGAGAAAAGCAAGGCAGAGACAUCUUACAGAGAACAAGGCAUAGACGACUGCAACACAGUGGCCCUUGUCAGAGACAUACGAGUACAGGAAACCAAUACUGCAGAAACAAAUGAGCUUGUAGAAAACCAGGAAAAAGAAGAGAAGAAAAUAUCCAAACUCCAAAAACCAAAGAAACUUGCUUUAGGUGAGAGUUUAAUCAAGUUAACAACAAGGCCUUCAGGAAACGAAACCAAUUUAGAUACAACCUUGAACAAGAUUAAACAGAACAAUCCUGAAAUCAAAGAAGUUAAUUUGAACAACAUUGAAAACAUUCCUAAGGAAAUGUUGAUAGAUUAUGUGAAUGCCUUGAAAAAGAACAAGCAUGUGACAAAAUUCAGCAUUGCCAACACUGGAGCAGAUGAAAAUGUGGCGUACGCCUUGGCCAACAUGCUCCGUGAAAAUAGAAGCAUCACCACUCUAAAUAUUGAGUCAAACUUCAUCACAGGUAAGGGAAUCAUAGCUAUCAUGAGGUGUCUGCAGUUCAACGAGACGCUCACUGAAUUGAGGUUCCACAAUCAAAGACACAUGCUGGGUCACCAUGCUGAAAUGGAGGUCUCCAGGCUCCUAAAGGCAAACAACACUUUGUUGAAGAUGGGAUAUCAUUUUGAGCUUCCUGGUCCAAGGAUGGUGGUCACUAACUUACUGACCAGGAACCUUGACAAGCAGCGACAAAAAAGAAUGGAAGAACAAAAGCAGCAACAAGCCAAAGACCAGGAGCAGAUGAUGGCUAGGUUUAAAAACAGUCUAAAUCUUCCUCCAGGUCUGUGGGAGAUGUUGGGUGACUACCUGCCUGCAAUGCCGAAUACGCAGCCUUACCCACCGCAAGCACCAAGUCCUCCUCUCCAGCUCAAGAAAAAACCUGUUCAGUUCCCUCCGAUACAGGAGAAUGAGCAGCCAAAUCUGUUGAAGGAUAUUAAACUCAAGAAGGCACCAAAGAACAGGGCUGCAGAGAGUACAUUAGAACAGAAAGAGAAAGCCAAUCUCAAAGACGUGAUUAAAACUCUAAAGCCAGUUCCCAGAAGGAGACAGGCACCCAAGGUUGAGAUGACGCCCAGGGAUGUUCUACUUAAUGAAAUUCGCACAAGCAAUGUUGCUUAUCUCAAAGCAGUUCCACUACCUAAAUGCCUGGAGUCAAGAGAAACCAGUCUUUUUUGAAGAAACAACAAAACAUUGUUAGAAUACACAUGGCAUUCAAAUGACAUUUCAAUUUAAAACCUGCCUUUUCAUUAGGAUUGCACUAUUCCGUUUUCCUAAUAAAUAUAGACAAAUAAGUGAAAACUACUGGUAAAUGAAAAGUAGAGAAUAUAAAACAAUUUAAUGGCUGUGUGCCCUGCUAUGACUACAGUUCUGAAAUAUGUAUAAUUUAGACAAGCUGCCAGCGGUUUCAAACCUACAUAAAAGGUAUUUGUAAAUGGAAAAUGGGUGUGCCAAUUUUAUUGUGAUAAACUAUACAAAAUUGUUGAUGUAAAAUAGGGUUUUUUCCUUUAGAUGGUCAUUUAUUUUUCAGUGAAUGAGACUUUAUAAACUGUACAGUACCUAGCUUUGGAAGGUCAUGCUAAGUAAAAUAUAUGGAAAAGUAAUGCAAAGUAUGUUUAAGAAGUGUUUGAAGAAGCUGCACAAGGUUGGACCUGGUUAGUAUUUGGUGGCUUUCAAGGAAAUGCAGGUACUGCUAGAAAAGGUGACAGUUAGCCCACAGAGGCCAGUCUGAGCUGUUGCACCAGCAUGGUCUUAAUGAGGAGGGCAGCUGGAUAUGUCAGGUUUUAUCUGGUGCAUUAGGAUCUAUUACUGUCUUCUUCAAAUAAAAUAUAAUUAGG